AAACCAAAGUGGAACACCACUGUCUGUCUUUGUCUAAAGAAAAAAACAUAAAAAGGGAUAUUAACCACAUCUCCCAUUUUUAUUCUUCAUCAUCGCUCUGAUCGUCACACUAGUUUUGUUUCUUCCGGGGAGGAUCAGAUCCUGGACGAUCUCCAGCGCAAAGUGAGGAGAAGAAGUAGGAAGUAAAGGCAAAAAGGGGUUGAAGGAUGUCGUCAUUCACAGGAACUCAACAGAAGUGCAAGGCUUGCGAGAAGACAGUGUACCCUGUGGAGCUUCUCUCAGCUGAUGGAGUUAGCUACCACAAGUCCUGCUUCAAAUGCUCUCACUGCAAAUCCAGGCUUCAGCUGAGUAGAUAUUCAUCGAUGGAAGGUGUGUUGUACUGUAAGCCUCAUUAUGAGCAGCUCUUCAAGGAGUCUGGUAGCUUCACCAAGAACUUUCAGUCACCUGCAAAACCAGCUGAGAAAUCAAGUCCUGAGCUGACAAGGACUCCUAGCCGAGUUGCUGGUAUGUUCUCUGGUACACAAGAAAAAUGUGCUACUUGCAGUAAAACUGUGUAUCCUAUCGAAAAGGUAACAGUGGAGAGCCAGACGUAUCACAAGUCCUGUUUCAAGUGCUCACAUGGAGGCUGCCCAAUCUCGCCUUCAAACUACGCAGCUCUUGAAGGAAUCUUGUACUGCAAGCACCAUUUCGCUCAGCUUUUCAAGGAAAAGGGUAGCUACAACCACUUGAUCAAAUCCGCUUCCAUCAAACGCUCUGCAGCCGCCGCAGUAGCCGCCGGUACACCAGCAACAGCGGUUCCUGAAUCUUAAAUUCAAUUAUCCCUUCCUCUCUUUAGUGACCUAAACUGAAGCUAAUGCCAAACCGAUUAAGUUUGUUUUCUCUUUGUGUGUGAGUCACUGAGUGUGUGUUCUUUGUUUCUAUUGAUGUCUCCUGAAGUCUUUGUGUUGUUAUCUAUGAAAAAAAGUCUGAUAAAUUCCUUUUGGAAAACAUCAGUUUCAGUA